GUUUAAUGAAAAGUAUUAUAUUUUAUUGUACAAAACUAAAAACGAAUUUGACCGUUGCGAUUUGCAAACCUUAGUGGUAAAACUAUUUACAUUUUUAAUUUCCGAUUUUGGUUUGACUUAAAUUUGUAGGACUUACAUUUAUUCAAUAAUCUGCGAUGACAUCAUCAAAUGACUUGACUAGAGUUAAGGGAACAUCUAUUGUAAAGCCAAUUAUAUAUGGUAACACAGCUAAAUAUUUUGGCCAGAAAAGGGAAGACGGUCAUACUCAUAAAUGGUCUGUCUACGUAAGACCAUUUGUUGAUGAAGAUAUUGGUACUUGGGUAAAAAAAGUACAUUUCAAACUACAUGACAGUUAUGAGAGUCCUACUCGAGUGGUACAGAAACCUCCAUUUGAAGUAUCAGAAACUGGUUGGGGUGAAUUCGAAUUAGUCAUUAAGAUAUUCUUUCAAGAUACCAGUGAAAGACCAGUUACUCUUUAUCAUGUGCUCAAAUUAUACAGUAACGGUCCUGAUUCUGAAUUAAGUGAAAAUCCAGUUUUAUCAGAGUUUUACGAAGAAAUUAUUUUCCAAGAUCCAUCAACUUUUAUGAAGUAUAUUUUAAACGAUACUCUAAACAAAAAUCCACCAAUUGCAGCGCAUAAUUUGCAUUAUGAAAAAACGAAAAAAGAAACAUUGAAUAAGUUAAUUGAGGCAAGAAAAAAAGUUCAAAAUCAUACGGUUAUCCACAAAGAGCGACUGAAACUUUUAAGAGACACCAUAAAUGUAUAUAAAGAUGAAAUUUGUGCAUUACAAUCACAAUGUAGCUCUUCAACACUUCGUUAAAUUAAAAAACUUAGAAAUGACUGA